GCAGGUAGUGGUCUAUUAUCUAUGGUGGUGGUCAUAUGACAACUCAAAAUAAGCCCCGAAGAUUUUGUUUAAAUCAGUUUAAAUAAAUAAUUUGUAAUAAGAAAAACCUAUUUAAAAUGGCAUUAUCUGCAGUUCCCUUUAUAAUAUUUACGGUAUUUUGGGGAGGAGUUGGUAUUGGACUUCCAAUAGCUGUGCCAAAAGGACCAAACAGAGGAAUUAUUCAAGUCAUUCUUAUGUUGACUGCCGCAACUUGCUGGUUAUUCUGGUUGUGCUGCUAUAUGGCCCAAAUGAAUCCCUUGAUAGGACCCGCCCUCGAUAGACAUUCAUUGCUGAUAAUGGCAAGAGAAUGGGGUAAUCCUAUAACUCGUUAGGUAACCCAGUUAAUAUCACAAAUAUAUAUAAAAUGUAAAUAUAGAAUAUUCCAUGUACUAAACUUGGAGUUAUAUUGUAUGUAAUUUUUAAUUGAAAA